AUGGCGAAGCGGGCUAUAUACGUGGUGGUUUUCGGCAUAUCGUCUAUAUCGUCUAGUCCGGCGCUUGUGCUGUAUGGAAACAAAACUAUUUCAACUGGUUACAAAAACGCCACAGGAACAAAGUGUUUUAUCACCGACCAUUUCAGCGAGACCGAAUGGCCGAAAUACUUCAACGUAUACCUUCUAGUCUUAGCUUUCCUUUCCACGGCGAUUAUGGCGGUGAGCUAUAUACGAAUCGCCAGAACAGUGUCGAAGAUGGGCAAAGACCGUAUCACCAAGCGCAUUAAAAAGAAGGAAACCGAACAGUGUAACAGUAGGACGGACCAUUCCCUCGAGAAAAGCGAUGACGAUAUUAUUGAAAGCGAUUCUCAGUUCCCGCCCCAAAAUGGCGCACAACUGCAGCCGUCCCGUGCAUCACGUGCUAUGGAAUUAAGAGGACAACUCAUUGUUCAAAACAGCAUUGACUCAAACACGAGCGACGGAAGCAAGAAAUCGAAAUCUCGGCUUCGGGAGAAAUCGUCCAAAUGGGCGAGCAAGGUGAUGAAGCGUUUAUCGUCUUCGACGUCAUCAGGACGUCAGACGUUACGCAUAACGAAGAUGUUGACGUUCGUUACCAUCGCGUUCGUGAUCAGUUAUCUCCCGCACCUGACCCUUAUGUUGUGGAGCAUGUUUGUAAGCAAGGAGGACGAGGACACCUUGCCCAAGGACAAUUUGUAUCAGAUUGUGUUCUAUUCAUUCCUUCUUAACAAUCUCGUGAACCCUUUCAUCUACGCGACCAUGGACGAGAAAUUUAAGACAGAGUUAAAAAAGAUAUUAAAAUGCGAGUGCUAA